AUUGCAAACUCGAACUCGAGUCUCGAGCAUUGGUGGCGAAUGAUGAACGGCUGGAUUACAAAACAUUGAAAUUUUAAUUAUCAUUAGGAUGUGUAUAUAGUUUUCCAUAAAAGUAAUAAUUAAAACGUUGUGCCAAGUUUUAUUUGUCGUGAUUUUAUCAAAUUUGAAGUAUUUAUAGGGGAAGAAUUUGUGUUUAUAAUAUUUAAGGCGCAAGCUAGACAUGAAACAUGAUUUCUGUUCUAGAGAAGGCUUUUAUUCUGAUAGCUAUUUUUGCAGCUUCAGUAACAUCCAGAAUUCAUAAACUUCCCCUAGUGGAUGAUGAGCGGCACUAUGUGGAUCUCACUACAUUUGGAUUUUUCCAAGGAGGCAUACUGGAUGUGCAUGUCAUCAACUUCAAAUUGCCAUCAGGGCCUGUUUUAGGAGAGUAUGGAUUUACACUGGACAGAACUGUGAAUGAUGCAAUCAAUCCAUACUUGGAGGUGCAUUCAGAUACCUGCAUUCUUAAAGGCGUUGAAAAGAGCAGUACGUUAUUAUCUCCCCAUCACCCAGCUAUUGUUUUUUUGAAGAUGGAUUUCCAGAAUCUCAGGUUAAACAUUACAUGUGAAGGAGAGGUGACAGCUCUACACCUUUACCAAAACAAAUCAAUGAUUCCAAUAGAUAGGAUAAAAAGACAAUCGCAGUACAUAUUUUUGAAUCGACGCAGGCGAUCUGUCUCUGAGAAUGAUAAUACUGUGGACAACUUAGGACCACAAUGUUCAUAUGCUGUUCUUCCAAUUACAAAAGAAACGCGGGAUGGAUUUGAUUAUUAUAAUACCAGCUUUGCGAUGUAUGUGGCGUCUGAUAAAGAAGAGGGCUUGUACAAUCUGUAUUUCCAUAAUUGUCCCCAUGAGAGUACAGACCCAGCUCCUACUAUUAAUGCUUUGAUAGAAAUAUAUGAAAGUAACGAUGGCAAUUUCUUGUCAGCGGGUGAAAUGCCACUGCCAGCUCUAUACAGCAUGAUGUCUCUUAUAUUCUUCCUCAGUGCUGGUUUCUGGACGUUUAUUCUCAAAACCAGUCGACAUAAAGUGUUUCGAAUUCACAUUAUAAUGUGCGUUCUGGUGUACUUGAAGGCCAUGUCGCUCGCUUUCCAUGGAAUUAAUUAUCAUUUCAUACAAACACGAGGCGAACACGUCACAGCUUGGGCGAUAUUGUACUAUAUAACCCAUUUGUUAAAAGGAGCAGUAUUAUUCGUAACCAUCGUACUCGUUGGCACCGGGUGGAACUUCAUAAAGCAUAUACUGGCUGAUCGGGAUAAGAAAAUAUUCAUGAUUGUCAUUCCAUUGCAGGUUGUAGCAAACGUCGCGGAAAUUAUAAUAGCCGAGAGUGAAGAGGGCGCGGUUGAGCACAACGCUUGGAGGAUUUUGUUAAUGUUCGUGGAUGUGCUUUGCUGCGGUGCCAUUAUGUUUCCUGUUGUGUGGUCAAUACACCACUUGGAGGAUUCGUCGACGACGGACGGCAAGGCUGCGGUUAGUUUACGAAAGUUGAAGUUGUUCAGACAUUUCUAUGUGAUGAUACUGUGCUAUAUAUACUUCACUAGAAUCAUCGUUACUAUACUUGAGAACACAGUCCCGUUCCAAUACUCGUGGAUCGACGAGAUGUUCCGUGAAAUGGCGACGUUCGUGUUCUUCGUGAUGACGGGAUACAAGUUCCGCCCCGCGGCCGCCAACCCGUACUUUACACCCACAUAUGAUGACGUCGAACCUAAAGUUUUAUCGGAAAUUGGCGUCCUCGACGGUAUAACAAAUAGAGAGAAAAGGCGCGAAGAUAUGCAACCUCUUAUGCAAGAAAAUUCUGAAUAAAAAAAUAAAUAAAUCAAAAGUAGAUAGACUAAAUUAUUAUACUUACAAAUAUGGGACCGGUUAAUUCAGUCAUAUUACAUUGCUUGUCUGGAGAAAUCUUUUUAAAUGAUUAUUUUUUUCUUUAUAAUCUAUUUCUUGUUCUCUAUUUUAAUGUAUUUUCAAAUUUCUUCAAGUAAUUUUUAACCCUUUCUAACUACUGACUGUAUUAUAAUUGUUGACAAGCAUGUAAUGUGAAUUUAUUAUUUUAUUAUGUGUGUAGUUAGGAGUAGAUUAAAUUGUAAGAGAAUUGUGAAGAUGUAUAAAGUAGACUGAAACAAUUAUCACCCUUAGAGUUGUGGUUUUAUCGUAAAUAUUGAUAGAUAAGCAAUAAAAUUAUGUUUUUAUGAAUUAAUAUUUUGUUCAGGGAAUAAAGUGGUAACACUACUUUUGAAUUUACCUUAUUGUUAUUAAUAUCUUAAUGACGGUUUACUGCUUAAUUUUAUUAUUUUAUUAAGUAUCGAAUGUUAUCAUAAUAAAGUUAUUAUUGAUGUA